CUCUGGUUGCAUCUGGCUGCUCUGGUUCAUGUCUUUCAUGACUAUUUGCAAUCUAAAAUACAGUGUAAAUGUAAAUUUUAUAAAAAUAAAUAUACAUUGAAUUAAAAAAAUGGCAUUAUCACUUUGUGCUAAGCGUAUAAAAAUUUUAAAUAGUAAAUAUUUGAAUAAAGUAAUAAUACGUCGUAAUAAUGGAUAUAUAGUACUUCUUCCAGAAAUAGGCGAAGAUUUACCAGAAAAAGAUCAAUUACUUAAACAAGAUGGAUAUCCAGAAUUUAAUAAAUUUUCAAUUGAACGUACGAUCGCUGCCGUUGGCAAAGAAACUGUUGCAUACGAACAAGACAUUCAACAAAUUGAACAGCGUAUUAUGAUGAAAGCUAAAGUUGAUAUUGUUAAUGAUGUGAUAAAUCCAAUGGAAAUGUCAAAUUCUCGGUUUCAAACGACCUGGAAUAUUGCCAAUACAUUAUACCUUGCUAAUCAAAGUUUUAUGCCAACUCAUUUUUAUAAAUCGAUUCAUAAUAAUAUGACUAGAGUUGUCACAAUGCCGUACAUGAGUUACUCAUUGUAUAAAGUCUGGAAAAAUGCAGAAACUGAUAAAGAAAUAAACAGCAAACUUACUCAUGAACAAAAGAGAAUUGUUAAAAAAUAUGCAUUAGAGGGUAGAUUAAAUGGUUUAGAUUUAGAUAAGAAUAAAACAAAUCGAUUUAUGUAUACUCUUACUAAAAUUACAACUAAAAAAAUUGAUUUUGAUAAAGCAAUAAGAUUUGCAACAGCAAUAUUUCGAACGACAAUAAGUGAUAGAAAUAUUUUAAAAGAAUUUCCUGAUGACUUUUUAAAAUUUACAGCUGUUAAUCCAAAUGAAUGGGAAAAAGGACCAUGGAAAAUAACACUACAGUCUGAUAUUGUUGAUUUAUUUUUAAAAUAUUGUCCAGAACGUGAUUACAGAUGGAAUGUUUGGCAGGCAUAUGUUGGAAGAGGAGCUAUGCAUGGAAAUAAUCAUUUGAGAACAAGUUCGAUUUUAGAAGAUAUACGUGAUAAUAAAAUAGAACAAGCUAAAUUACUUGGUUACAAAUCAUAUUCUCAUUUGAGUAUGGAAACUAAAAUUGCUGGUAGUUUAGAAAAUAUUUAUCGUGUUAUGGAUAAUUUAUUGGAAACGGCAUAUCCAGCACAAAAACAAGAGUUUUAUCAAUUGUCUCAAUUUGCAAAAGAUCAAGGAUUUAAUAAAGAGCUAUUAGCCUGGGAUAUUGAUUAUUGGAGUAGAAAAUAUGCAAAUAUUAUAUUAAAUUAUAAUAAUGAGACUAUAAAAAAUUAUUUUCCCCUUCCACACGUUCUCAAUGGGCUAUUUAAAUUUAUUGAAAAUUUAUUCAGUAUUCGUAUUAUUGAGGGUCAAAAACCUGAUGUAUGGCAUAAAGAUGUUAGAUUUUUUGAUGUAAUUGAUUUAAAAGGUCCAACAGAUGAACCAAUAGCCCAUUUUUAUUUGGAUCCAUACGAACAGGACCGUAAAAUGCUAUCAGCUACAACAGCAAGCUGGAUGGUACCGAUUCAAAAUAAAAGUACUUUUGCAUCUAAAAAACCAUUAGUAGCACUUAUAUUUAAUUUUAAACCACCAGUUAACGAUGUUAUACCAUCACUACUAACAUUUGAUGACGUUAAAUAUCUUUUUAAAGAAAUGGGCAAAACUCUUCAACAUCUUUUAACUCGAGUAAAUUACAGUUUGUUAGCUGGUACAUCAAAUGUUGAAUGGGAUGCGGUUGGAAUAAGCGGCAAUUUUAUGGUAAACUGGUUAUAUGAACCCGAGAUAAUACAAAAUAUUUCUUGUCACUACAAAACUAAUGAGACAAUACCUCCUGAACAAAUUUCAAGUAUUAAACGUAUGAGAAGACACAUGUCCGGCUAUAGAUUAUGUAAAGAACUUUAUUAUGGAAGACUCGACCUUGAAUUACAUGAAUUAACAGAUUUUUGGGUACCAAUAGUUACUCGGUUAUACAAAAAACACUUUGUUUAUCCUCUUGAUAAAAUGGAUUCUCACCUAACAUCUUGGAGUGAAAUAUUUACGAGUAGUUGGGGCGCUGCUUAUUACAGCCAUCUCUGGUCAGAGAUGUUAGCAGCAGAUGUAUAUAGUGCCUUUCAAGAAAUUAAAAAUGAUGAUGAAGAACAAAAGAAACAAACAGCUAAAAGAUUUCGUGAUACAUUUCUUUCUUUAGGUGGUAGUGUUCACGCUAGUCAAGUCUUUAGACUAUUUCGUGGUAGAGAUCCUAAUUACGAAGCAUUACUUUACAAUGUAGGUUUAAAAAAUAAUAAAUCUAAUCAGUCUGAUGUUUAAAAAUUGAAAACAUUUUUUUUAUACAUAGUACACAAAAGUGAUACUUGACUUAUCAUUAUAAUAUAUUUAAUCAGCUAUUAAGCAUUACUAUUUUUUGGUGGUGAAAAAUUAAAGUUAUCAGAUAAUAAUUAUGACUCGUAAUCAAUGUAUUUUUUAAAUUUAUUUUGUUUAGAGCUAAAUGAUUA